CCAGCACUGUCGCUUGGCCUGUUGGUGUUGGUAUGAAAAACUGCCACAUAGUCUCACUGUGCCUUGUCUUCCUCCUAACCCUGCUGCAGCCCGUGAAAUCGGCCCACCCCUCUGAGAAUGCCAGCCGGUCUAAGCAGUGAUGUUUCUGAGGCAGUGUUGCUAAUGGAUACAAAACUGUGUUUAUCCUGCUCCCAGACUGAUUUGAUUAAAAACUUGGCAGGCUGCUGCUUCGUAAGUCGAUCUUUUCCUUACCCUCUCCCGCGAGGUAUGUGAGUUCAAGCCGUGUGAAGCAGUCUGCCCAGUUGGCGUAGCUCCGACAGUCCCAGGUCAUGCUCUGCAGGAGAGUGCAGAUUCUGAGGUCCCGGACACGGCAGCAAUUGCCACGAAUGGAGAGAACAACCAGGCGAUGUGUGCGAUUGGUGAAGAACAGAGUAACAGGGACUGCACCCAUGGUUCAUCCAGGGGUCCCGGCACUCCUGCACCUCCCUGUGGUGCGGACAGUGGAACGGACUGUACUACCCGUGCCGCGUGUGUAUCCAGCCUGGCGCGGAGCUCCAGCCCAGAGCAGGGCACCCACACCACAAGGCAGAGUGAAGCGAGGAGGGACAGAGUGGGGGAAGGGGCGAUCUGGUACAAUCCCAUUCCAGAGGACGAGUACGUGAUACCAGCGCCACGCAAACCUGGGAGCAGCAAGGCGGUGUGGUACGUGGAGAUACCCCAGCCGAACGAGGCCGAGACCGGCCCUGGCGAUGGUGCGAGGAAGCCCAGCUGUUUGGGGGUGCCGAGCAGCACCGAGAGGACACUGGAGCCACGAACAAUAAGAUGUCCAGCUGAAUCCUCGCCUCCGAAAUCCCGUGCACCUUCGCACCCAGUGACAGCCACUGGAGUGUCGUGGAGUUGCGGUCAGCAGGGGAGCAGUACACAGAAGACCAGACAGUCAGACGGUGCAGCAGACGUCCAGACGGAGAGCAACCAGGGGCUGCCCCCCAGCCCCCGCCCGGCGAAGAAGAGGGCAGCAGCCCACCGCUCGCUCUCCGAUCGGGUCAAGUCUCCCGGCACGGUCCGCAAGCUGUCGAUGAGGAUGCGCCGGCUGCCCGACCUGCGGCGCAAGCUCAGCCUGAGGGGGACGUCCCGUUCGGCUCGCGAGGGGCCGGGGGAAGGCGGGGGAGGCUGCCCCCGACCGGCCGCCCCUUCCCCCGGGCCGCCGCUGCCCCCCUCUGACCGUAACGUCAUCUGCCGCUACCACCUGGACAGCAGCGUCAGCGCCCGCGGCGGCCAGCCUCGACCCACGAAGCAAUGGGGCACCCGCUCGCUGAGCCGGCCCGGCUACCUCAGCGACGGCGACUCGCCAGAACUGGCGACCCGGGCCGGGAAGCUCAGCACCCGCUGGCUCCAGGGUCUGGACACAGCCUCCUUCCGCCCCUACGGCGGCGGUGAGCCACCGCGCUGCUUGCAGUACCUGUCCGGCCUCGUCCACAUCCGCCUCUUCGGCAUCGAGGGUGUCCGGCCGCCUCGGCCGGGCCUCAGGGAUAUCUUCUGCACCAUCCAGGUGGACUCGGUCAGCAAGGCCCGCACCGCCCUGCUCACCUGCCGGGACUCCUUCCUCAGCCUGGACCACGCCUUCAACAUCGAGCUGGAACACUCCCAGCAGCUCAAGCUGCUGGUCUUUACCUGGGACCCCAGCUCCUGCCGUAACCGUAUCUGCUGUCACGGGACCGCCUUGCUCCCUCCGCUCUUCAGAGGAACCCGCACUCACCAACUUGCCCUGCAGCUGGAACCCCGGGGAGUCCUGUACCUGAAGGUGUCUCUGGUGGAGGUGUGGGAGGUGCCGGCAGGCUACGCUGAGGAGCAGCGCGAGCUCAGGGUCUUCAGGAUGGAGCUCAGCGAUCUGGUGGAGCGGGAGUGUUCUGGAGUCAGCGUGCCGCUGCUGAUACAGAAGUGUGUCUCCGAGAUCGAGAAGCGAGGCCUAAAGGCUGUAGGUCUGUAUCGCCUCUGCGGAUCGGCCGCUGUGAAGAAGGAGCUGCGGGACGCCUUUGAACGGGACAGUGCUUCUGUGGACCUGAGCGAAGACAUGUAUCCAGACAUCAAUGUCAUCACGGGCAUCCUCAAGGACUACCUUCGCGAGCUCCCGUCUCCCCUCAUCACAAAGACCCUCUACGAUGUGGUGCUGGAGACCACGGCCACGUGGCCCCUGAAGAUGUCCAAUGGUGUGCCCGACGCCAGCCUCCGCGCCGUCAACGCGGUGGCUCUGCUUGACUGCCUCCCUCAGGCUGAGAAGGCCACACUGACCCUGCUUCUUGACCAUCUGAGCCUGGUGGCCUCGCUCCAGGAGUCCAACAAGAUGACGUGCCAGAACCUGGCGGUGUGCUUUGGGCCAGUGCUCCUUGGCCAGAAGCAGGAAAACUCCCAGCACGGCUCCUGCGCCUUCUCGCACUCCAAGGAACUCGCCAGCGCUCUGGAUUUCAAGAGGCACAUCGAGGUCUUACACUACCUGCUGCAGCUGUGGCCCAGUGACCGCAUCAGACGGAAGCGAGAUGCGUUGUUGGAGUGGCCAGCGUCAACCAACUGCCUGCGCCCCAGAGCCCAGGCCCCCGCGGGCAGCCCGGUCGCUGACGAGGUGGUGUGCCGCACCCGCGUGGGGAGAUCCGCGAGCUCGUCCCGUUACCGCCACGCCGGCGACUGGAGCAGCUGUGGCCGAAACCUGUUGCGCUCGGGGAACGACCAGGAGGCAGGUGACCGCGACCAGCUCACCUCGCUGGAUGCCGCUGUCCUGGGCUUGCUGGGACCCGCGGACCCGCGGGAGUGCGGCCCGCACCGUACAGAGCUGCGGGGCGGCGGCGUGCGCCGUGCGGACACGUGGAGCAGAGGCUCGUGUCACACGGACACGCGGGACAGAGGUGUACAUCACACGGACACGCGGGACAGAGGCGCACACCACACGGACACGCAGGACGGUGGAACACGCCACACGGAAAUAAGGCUGUGUGGUUCUCACCGCACAGGCGUGCAGGAUGGUAGGCUGCUGCACGCAGACACGUGGGACAGCGGGCCAUGGCAUACAGCUUCACAGGACAGUAGCUUUCGGCACACGGAUACACGAGAUUGUGGUUCCAUGUCGACCAGCAGACAUGAUUAUGAUUUGUACCCAGUUAAUGGACAAGGUGACAAGUUGUUCCCUGACACCAGCCACGAUGGCGGGCUAUUUCCCGAUGGCGGAGAGCUGGACUUUGAAUCCACUCUUGGUGGGAGGACGAAGGAAUUCGACAGCUUAAUUGCAGACAUUGAGCGGGAGCUCGCAAAGAAAAUCAUCUUCCUCUGAGACUUGGGGACGGGGGGAGCGGGGGCCUGAUUUGGCAGCAGGUGUGGGCGGGCCAGCUCACAGGACUCGCUCGUCCCUGAACCACUCUGUAACAGCACGGUCACUUGGCAACAUGGAGGUUACCACAUGGUCACACGGUUCACACCUGUGCUUCCUGUCUGUGUGGGGUAUGUGGGUCUCCCCUUCCUUCGUUUUGUCUCUUUGGAGGUUUGUUUCACCUCCCUCCCAUCCCCAGGGUUCCCCACUCAACAACUCUGAAGGGCUGUGUGGUUUGUGUGCCCUCAGCGCACUCCACCAUUUUCCUUCCCCCUCUCUCUCUCUCUCACCCCUCCCUCCCCUCUCCCUCCCCUCUAUCCCUCAGCCCUCUCUCCCCUCCCUCCCUCACCCCUCCCUCCCCCUCUCUCCCUCACCCCUCCCUCCCCUCUAUCCCUCACCCCUCCCUCCCCUCUCCCUCCCCUCUCCCCCUCACCCCUCCCCCUCACCCCUCCCUCCCCCUCUCUCCCUCCCCCUCUCUCCCUCCCCCUCUCUCCCUCCCCCUCUCUCCCUCACCCAUCCCUCACCCAUCCCUCACCCAUCCCUCACCCAUCCCUCACCCCUCCCUCCCCAUCCCUCCCCAUCCCUCCCCAUCCCUCCCCCUCCCU